CCCUGAUGCUGAGACUCAUCACUUCCAGAGCUGUGAAUUUUUUCGGUUUACUACAAUUCCCUUGGUGAAAACCAAAAAAAAAAACAAGAUUUCCUCUCUGACCUAAUGCUUCUGAGAAAAUGAAUGCCACAUGCGGAAAGAAGGGGGGAUAAAAAAAAAGGAAAGGAUGUUUAAAAGCAGCGUGUGAGUGUGUGUGCCGCCCUGCCUGGCUGGGACUCUUUGUCGAAACAGGAAAGCCAGCAGAAAGCUCCAUCGACUCCUGAAGGCGCGGAGUGUAACCCAGGAUAUACGGGGUCCCAGUGAUUAAACACUUCGAGAGGAGGAAGAAGAAGAAGGCUUCACUUGGGCUCCGCUUGUCCUUUCCACCUACAAAGCUAAGGACUUGUUUUGUUAAGCGCUUGAAUUUCUUUUUUUUGUGUGUUUGUGUUGCGUGUUUGUCAUAUAAACUUUCACCUCGAUGGCCAGGAUGACCCUGAGGUCAGUGAAUCAGAGGGGCUCGCAGCCUUUUUAACGCCAGCACAUUUUGCAGCAUUGCUCAUGGAAUCUAACAGUCAGACGAUGAAGAAGCAUUCUGCUGGAAUUUUAAUCGCCCUCCAGCUGGCUGUGCUGGCAGCGGGGCAGCAGCAGAGUAAGAUGUUCUGCUUCACGGGCAGCUGCUACAGCGUUCAUGAAGAAGCCACAAACUUUCCGACGGCGAAAACCGCCUGCGACGCCUAUGGAGGCCACCUCAUGACCAUGAGGUCGAUGCCAGCCGACUUCUUGAGGUCGCUGUCUGGCGAGAUCCGGAAGAGGAGUUUCUGGAUUGGACUUUAUCUGCCCAGGGGUCGCUGCGUGGAUGAUUUGAAGAAGCUGAGGGGCUUUCGGUGGGUAACUGGGGGCGAAAGCACCGAGUUUUCAAACUGGAAGGAGACCCCUUUCACGUGUGAGGAGAGCUGUGUCUCGGUUUCUGAAGAAGUGCGGUGGCAGCAGAGGUCGUGUCUGGAGAAGGCGGACGGAUUCUGGUGUGAGUACAACUACAGUCGUGCCUGCAAUCCUCAGGUGCUGCAAAAUGCCUCCUUCCAAUACGCCGGGGUGCCAAUCAAAGAACUUAUGGCAGUGCCCCUCGGGACCGUAGGUUUGUUGAGCACGGGGUAUAAAUAUUAUUGUGCCAACAGGAGCAGUGGUAAUGCCGAAUGGCUACAAGCUCCUUGGAGCUGCCAACACGAAUUGGGAGGAUGCAGCUCUGGUUGUGAAAUGGAGGGCAGCCAACCUAAGUGCAUCUGCCCUGAAGGACAACUGCUACAGGAGAACCGAGUCACGUGUGAGAUACCCGAUCCAUGCCGGGGCAACCCGUGUGAACAUAUCUGUGUCCCUGAGAGGGACAGCUACAGAUGCCUGUGCCGAGAGGGUUAUACACUGGACAAGGGCGGCUCAAAAUGCAGGGACGUGGAUGAGUGUAAACAGGGGCACGUGUGCCACCCCAGUCAGGCGUGUACUAAUACCCCGGGCAGCUACCGGUGCGACUGCCGGCCUGGUUUUGAACUGGUGGAUGGCAAGUGUGAAGAUGUUGACGAGUGCUCCUCGGCGCCUUGUGAGCAGGAAUGCCAGAAUACAGCGGGCGGGUACCAGUGCUCUUGUUUUGAGGGUUACGCUCGAAACGCAAAAGGAGAUUGCGUUGUCUACUGCAACUCGAGCCAAUGUCCGCCAGAAUGUGACCCCAACUUCCAGGACUCUUGUACCUGUCCGAAUGGAUACAUAAUAGACGAGGAGAAUGGUUCUUAUGUAUGCCUUGACAUCGACGAGUGUGAUAGCCAAACAUACUGUGACCAGCUGUGCAGUAACACCUUUGGAAGCUACAUAUGUUCAUGCACUGAUGGAUUCCAACUCCACAGUGAUGGCUUUAACUGUUUCCCGAUUGACGACGAAGGCUCAGGGUUCACAACAUUACCGACAGUAUUCACAGUCACUGCCACUCCGACGGCCAACGUCACAACGGUAAAAGUUGUCAUACUGCCAUCUGUCCUCCUUGGGAUCAUAGCUUGCGUCCUCGUGGUGACCAUAUUGGUGGCCUUGCUGGUCAUCUGCAUUGUGAAGCGAAAAAGAAAGCAGCACGCGUCACUAAACAGCAAAGACGACUCUUAACGAGUAGCCGGUGUGCCGCCAUGGCUGCUUCCAAUCUGACAUUUGACAACUGCAGUCCAGCCGCAAAGAAAAGUAACUGUGCGAGUUGAAAGAAAAGAAGCAAUAAAACAUUCACGAUUUCCGAUGCGUCUGCUGCAAACGUGGAGCCUGACAUUGUCCAGUGCGUGUAACACUAAGAAUGGCUUAUAAAUCCUCUUUUUUUU